CUGCUCUCCAUCUCCGUCCUGCUGCUCAUCCUGCAGGAGAUCCUGCCCUCCACCGAGGAGAACCUGCCCGCCAUCGCUCAGUACUUCGUGGGGGUGUUCGCCAUGAUGUGGGUCAGUACGCUGGAGACCAUGCUGGUGGGAUACAUCGCGGAGCUGGACGGGUGCUGUGGAAAUACGGCCACGGAGGACGUCCAACCGAAAGAAGCAGUUGGAGACACCGACCCCCCAUCAGAUCGGGACCAGGACCAGGACCAGGACCAGGACCAGGACCAGGACCAGGACCAGGACCAGGAUAUGCUGAAACAGGUCCUGGACCAAGUGAGGGCGGCCCAGCGGGAUCUCGGUGCCAAAGCAAAGCCGGGACGCUUCCGAAAGCUGGCCAACACUAUAGACAACGCGUUUUUUGUCCUACACCUGAUCAUGAUUGUCGCUUUUAUGGUAUACAUGGACCAGGACCAGGACCAGGAUCUACUAAAGCAGGUCCUGGACCAAGUGAGGGCGACUCAGCGGGAUCUCGGUGCCAAAGCAAAGCCGGGACGCUUCCGAAAGCUGGCCAACACCAUAGACAACGCGUUUUUUGUCCUACACCUGAUCAUGAUUGUCGCUUUUAUGGUAUACAUGUUAAUGUUGUGGAAAAAUGCACUGAUACGAUAA